CAAAUGGAGCAGUAAAAGGUGAGGGUAAGCUUUUUUUGUCCUUAAGCAUACUGUAAUUCUCAUAGUCUUCCCUGAGUUCUCACUGUCUCAGGGACUGCAAGGGAAGUAGCACAACACUACAAACUCGCUGCUUCCAACAACCCCCUUUCUUUCUUGACGGAUUCCCCCAAGCUAAUUUCAUUUCUCUCCAUAAAUCCCCCCUUCAGAUCUCUCAUCAAAUUAUAACCACCAGCACCAUGCAAAGUGCAGCUUUUUCUUUACCCUCUCCUUCUUCACAUCCUUAUCUGAAGCCCCGGAAUUUCGCUUCCAAUCCUACAUUUUAUCCUAUUCACGUCGCUUCCAAAGGUCGUGAUUUUUCUGAUUCUGCCAAUGCCAUCUCCAUUCCUUCUUUCCCUAAGCGAUCCUGGUCUCUCUCUUCCUCCUCGCCUUUUCCUCUCAGGGCCUGGACCUCCGGUCCUUCUCUUUCUAAACCCAGUCCCCUUCAACUUAGAGCAACGGCGGCCGAGAAUGCCGGUGAAGCCGGAAAGUCAGGUAGCUUGCUUAAGACAUUGGAGCUUGGUUUGCUGUUUGGAUUAUGGUACAUUUUCAACAUCUACUUCAAUAUCUACAACAAACAGGUUCUGAAGGCCUUCCAUUACCCUAUAACUGUCACUGCAAUUCAGUUUGCUGUUGGGACAAUACUUGUUACUAUAAUGUGGACUUUUAAUUUGUACAAGAGACCAAAAAUCAAUGGUGCUCAGCUUGCCGCUAUUCUGCCACUUGCUGUGGUGCAUACCUUGGGCAACCUCUUUACGAAUAUGAGUCUCGGAAAAGUGGCUGUUUCGUUCACUCACACGAUUAAAGCUAUGGAGCCAUUUUUCUCUGUUGUGCUUUCUGCAAUGUUUCUAGGAGAGUUGCCAACUCUUUGGGUAGUUGCUUCCCUUGUACCAAUUGUUGGAGGAGUUGCACUUGCAUCUGUCACUGAGGCCUCUUUCAAUUGGGCUGGAUUCUGGACUGCAAUGGCUUCGAAUUUGACAAACCAGUCUCGUAAUGUUCUCAGCAAAAAAGUCAUGGUUAAUAAAGAGGAGUCGAUGGACAACAUUACCCUCUUCUCAAUAAUAACAAUUAUGUCUCUUAUCUUGCUAUCCCCUGUGGCUAUCUUCAUGGAGGGUGCCAAGUUUACCCCUGCCUAUUUGCAAUCUGCUGGUUUGAAUGUUAAAGAAGUUGUUGUAAGAUCUCUACUCGCUGCUCUUUGCUUCCAUGCCUAUCAGCAGGUUUCGUAUAUGAUAUUGCAAAGGGUAUCCCCUGUUACUCAUUCCGUAGGCAACUGUGUGAAGAGGGUGGUUGUUAUUGUCAGCUCUGUUCUAUUCUUCAAAACACCUGUCUCACCUAUUAACUCUCUCGGCACUGGAAUUGCUCUUGCUGGAGUGUUCUUGUACUCAAGGGUGAAGCGCAUAAAGCCCAAAACCAAGGCAGCUUGAAAGUUUAGCCGGUUUUGAUCAGUGACAUGUGGCAUUCUCCCCCACCCAUUCUAGCAACACCGUUGUCGCGUCCUCAGGAUGACAUUGGUUUGACUCAUCUCAAAACGGUUUCGAUGCCUCGAUUGAUUGCCAACUACUCUCUAUUAGGUAGUUUUACCUCUUGAAACAUUUGCCUCGGCUUAUGUCUUUGUUGCCGCCUAACUUGCACUGUAUUUUUCUCUUGUACAUCUUGAUUGUAAGAGGUCACCGCUUUUACUUGCCCCUGUUAUGACUUGUCUCGAUCGGGAUCCUAUUGAUUUACACAAAUAAGCUUAGGCAUGCCUUAUUGAA